CGAAUAUCGAAUGUUUGUAUCUAAGAGCUUCUUGCUAUCAUGCUAUUGGAGAAUUUAAAGAAGCAGUUAAAUAUUAUGAUGCCGCCCUAGAUCUUGAAUUAGAUUCAAUGGAAAAAUUUAUACUCCAGUGCUUAGCCUUCUAUCAGAAAGAAAUUGCGCUGUACACAGCUUCAAAGUUUAAUACUGAGUUAUCACGGUUUGACUUUGAUGGUGACAUAGAUCCCCUCUUUAAGUACUGAAUGGCGGGACUUGCUGCUUUAGAGAUUGCACAGAAAGUUGUCAGAGUUUGGCGCUCUAUACAAACUGAUUGGAAGCAUUCAAAUAAAGGUUGUCUUAAGCAUGGAAAGAAAGUGAGGAGAAAAGAACUUAUCCCUACUAGUCAUAACAGAGGUGGUGCUGGUUGCAGCACUAGCAGUUUUUUUGAAUCAUCAACUACCAGUAAUGUAGCAGAAGAUAGACCAUUCAGGCGUCCUUCAUUGCCAUGGCAUGGUGUUUAUUCAAUUGCUGUCAAAUGGAGACAAAUAUCUGAACCAUGUGAUCAAGUUGUUUGGAUUAACAAACUGAGUGAGGAAUUUAAUUCUGGAUUUGGAUCCGAAACUCCUCUUGUUCUUGGGCAAGCAAAAGUGGUACGCUAUUUCCCAAAAUUUUACAGAGCAUUCAGUGUUGCCAAAACAUUAAUGAAGGAGAAUAAGUAUGCCCGUGACAAGAAGAACAACCUCAUCUAUCUCAAUGAAGAUGGAAAAUUGCAAGAAAUAAUGAAUGCAGAAUCAUGCUCAGACCUUUAUAAAGCUGUGGGCCAGGAUUUCUGGUUGGCUACUUGGUGCCACAGUACGGCAGUUGAGGGAAAACAGCUUGAAGGAACUAGGAUCUCUUUAACACAAACGGAUCCAAUUGGGUAUGAUUUUGCUGUCAAAACUCCUUGCACACCUUCAAGGUGGGAUGACUUCGAAAUGGAAAUGGUUUCAGCAUGGGAGGCACUCUGUGAUGCUUGUUGUGGUGAAAAUUAUGGGUCAACCGAUUUUGAUGUGCGAGAAUGUUAGGGGGGCAAUUUUAAGGAUGACUUAUUACUGGUAUAAUUUUAUGCCGUUAUCAAGAGGCACUGCUGUAAUUGGAUUGGUUGUGUUGCUUGGGCUGUUUAUGGCCGCCAACAUGGAAUUCGCUGGUACCAUUCCAGAGGGCGUUCAGGGAUGCAAUUCUAGAACGCGACCCUAACUCGUUUAUAUCUUCCGUGAAAAGCUGGCUGUAUCCUUCCCUCAAGAUCGUGGAAAGGGUACCCUGAUGUAGCCUCAACUCUUGAAACAACAGGACUAGUUGUUGCGGCGUUGAGCACCUACUCUGAUUGAGGAACUCAUCUAUAAGAUAUGAGUGAGUUUUUAGGUUUGACUCGGACGCCGCAGGAAGGACCAGUUUAUGUGGCGUUCGCAUUUUAUGAAGUGUUUUUGUUAGGUGUAUGUAUUGUUGUGCAAUCUAAUACUAGUUAUUAAUCUAGAUUAAUUAACCUCGUAUAAUGUUUGGUUUGCCAGUGUUAUUUAAGUCUUGAGGUUG